CCAACCGCAAAACUCCCGCGGAGAAGAAGUGAAGGCAGCGGAUGGGGCCGGCGCCAGGCAGAUGCAAGCUGCCGCUGUGAGUGUGCGGGCAUCGCGCUGGCCGCGGGGUCCGGCGCCGGGGCAGCACCGGGCACCGGGCGGGCGGCGAUGAGCGGCCCCGCAGCCGGAGCCGCUCCGGACGGGAUCAGCCUGUGCGAGAAGGCGCUGCACAUCGUCACCGAACUCUGCUUUCGCGGGCUGGUGGAACGCAACAGAUGCUAUGAAUUCCUCUUCAGCGGAGAGCGGAGGAGCGGAGUCAACGGAGCAGACAUUUCGGUCAGUCUGCUUGCGGUGGUCGUCAGUUUCUGUGGUCUUGCCCUGUUGGUAGUGUCACUGUUUGUAUUUUGGAAGCUGUGUUGGCCACACUGGAAGAAUAAAGAUCUGACAUCUGAUGCAAAUAACAUCCCUCAGCAAACCCCCAGCCAUGACCCAGAGCCCGAGGAACCUCCAGAGAAAAAGGAAGCUGAGGAGGUCAAAGAGAAUGGGAAGAAUUCUGUGGUGUUGCUGGCGACCGCCAUGAAGAUCAGCCAGACCUCUCCUGAUAUUCCAGCCGAGGUCCAAGCCGCUCUCAAAGAACAUCUGCUCAAACACACCCGGGUGCAACGGCAGACGACGGAGCCCACCUCCUCCUCCAGGCACAACUCCUUCAGACGGCACCUCCCAAGGCAGAUGCACGUCUCCAGUGUUGACUUCAGCAUGGACAGCCUGCCACGGGGAGAGACCACCACCAGCAUUGGGCGCAUCAAACCGGAGCUGUACAAGCAGAAGUCCGUCGACUCCCAGGACGGUGAGAAGGAGGAGCUGAAGACCGGCGGCAAGUUAAACUUCACUCUGAAGUAUGACUACGAGAACGAGAAUCUGAUCGUGACGAUUCUUAAAUGCUUAGACUUGCCGGCAAAAGACGAUUCUGGAACCUCAGAUCCCUACGUUAAAAUUUACCUCCUGCCGGAUCGGAAAAAGAAAUUCCAGACUCGAGUGCACAGGAAGACAUUGAACCCCAUCUUUAAUGAAACCUUCCAGUUUCCCGUGUCCUUUGACCAUUUGAACAGCCGGAAGCUACACUUCAGUGUUUUUGACUUUGACCGAUUCUCCAGACACGACCUCGUUGGAGAGGUAGUCGCGGACAACCUGUUCGAGCUGCUCGAGCUCCCCAAAGACGACACCAUCUGGAGGGACAUCGUCAGCGUCACAUCAGAGAGCGUGGAUUUGGGGGAGAUCAUGUUCUCCCUGUGCUACCUUCCUACAGCAGGACGAAUGACUCUGACCGUCAUCAAGUGCAGGAAUCUGAAAGCCAUGGACAUCACCGGCUUCUCUGACCCGUACGUGAAGGUCUCUCUCAUUUGCGAUGGAAAAAGAUUGAAAAAGCGAAAAACCACCACAAAGAAGAACACGCUCAACCCCAUUUACAACGAGGCCAUUAUCUUUGACAUUCCCCCAGAGAGCAUGGAGCAGGUCAGCCUGUCCAUCACUGUCAUGGACUACGAUCGAGUUGGUCACAACGAGGUCAUUGGCGUUUGUCGUGUGGGCCAAGAUGCGGAGGUACUGGGACGAGAGCACUGGAACGAGAUGUUGGCGUACCCCCGUAAACCCAUAGCCCACUGGCACCCACUGGCAGAGGCACCAGGACGAGCGACGAGUUUUGACAGCCAGGGAUCCUGUCCAUCUCCCAAGCUGCCUCCGUCUCCGUAGGAGAGCCUCGCUCCGAACGGAGCACCCGGAAUUAACAGAAGAGACUGUGGAGGCUGGAAGCAAUCCCACUGACCACGCAGGGGGCAGGUUUGCUGGGGUCACACCGACUAAUUACAGCUGCUGUCUGAUCCUGCCGCGGGGGUCCAUUCUGGGAACUACAGGGGGUGCGAUCUGCGGAUGGGGUCACUUUAAAUCACACGUUGUUUUAUUGUGAGUUAUUUACCGAUGUUGUGACCUUUUGAACCACUUUCUGUCGUUAAGUAAUCAGUCGGAGUCGGGGUGAACGAUGGCAUCAUCAAACGCAGAGGAAUUGGCAGGGAGGUGACUCACGAGGAUGAGGGAGUUUGCGGCCAGGUUCCCGGUGGGUGGGCUGUCAGGAUCUGGGGGCGGGGACCUCGCAACAGGCGCGCAACGUGGUUACCCGUGGUCAGGCACGCACGGCUCCUGACGUUCACAGUCACAAUCCGACUGUUGGUGUCAAUGUGAAAAUCUCACACAGGCUGGCAGG